AUGCGUAAAAGCUGUAUUUUACUGUGCAAAAGAUUCAGAAUGACAAACUCUGCUAAUGAUGCGGUCUUGAACGCCACGUUCAAGUACCAACCUCCGGUCAAUCGAAAUAUGCAUGAGCUUGAUAGAUCUUUCUUCGUCACCAAGGUUCCAUUGGUGGUGGUUCACUUCCCCGAUCCUAAAAACAUCAGUCUCUUCACGAACAAGUUCAAACAGGAAGUACUAAGCCUGCCACGAAUUUCCAGAGUUGUACGGCUCGCAGCCGACGAUUCCACAAACGCAAGCGCAGAACCACCGCUGAAAAAAUCAAGUCUUGCCAAUGACAAUCACAUCAGGAAAGGUGUUCUAUUGCGCGAGUCACUCAAUCAAGUUGACGAGCUUUCUAAACAGCUCUCACCUGAGGCCCAACAAUUUAUGAAAGAGAAUCUCGCCAUUGCCCAGCCGUACGAGUGCGUACUGGACUAUUCGUUUUGGAAAGCAGAAGAAAUCUUCCGUUCCAUUUUGCCCGAACAGUUUCUGGACGAAAUUCCAUCUGGAUUCACGGCUACAGGGCAUGUAGCACAUAUAAACCUGAGAAAUGAGUUCAAGCCGUAUGGGCAACUUAUCGGGCAGGUGAUCCUAGACAAGAACAGUAAAGUCGAAACCGUCGUCGACAAAACAGACUCUAUUGAUACCAAGUUCAGAACAUUUUGCAUGCAGGUCCUGGCAGGAAAGAAUGACCUGGUGGUCGAACAACGCGAGUCAAACUGCUCUUUCAAGUUCGAUUUUAGUAAGGUGUAUUGGAACUCUCGACUACACACGGAACACGACAGACUUAUCCAGAAAUUCCAGCCCGGCCAGUGCGUUGGUGACGUGUUUGCCGGCGUAGGGCCCUUUGCUGUGCCCGCGGGUAAGAAAAAAGUUUUGGUACUGGCCAACGACCUCAACCCAGAGAGCUACAAGUACAUGGUCGAAAACAUAGCCGACAACAAGACCGGGUCUUUUGUGCAGCCUUCUAACCUUGAUGGUCGAGACUUUAUUAGACAAAGCCCUCUUUUGGUACAACAAUGGCGUCACAGGACAGCGGGACAAGUUGUGGUCCCUGGCGGUAAACGCUACAAGGACUCUAAGACUGGCGAAACCAAGAGAACGGAGUCCAGAUCCGUCGCGAUCCCUCGAUUCUACCACCAUUACGUUAUGAAUCUACCUGAUAGCGCUUUGACGUUUUUGGACGAGUUUGUGGGUCUCUAUUCGAGACAUUCGGAAAUUUACGAGCAGAUAAAAGCGCUCCCUGAGUUCCAAGCGCCAUGGAUUCAUUGUCACUGCUUUGAGAAGUACGAUGCAACUGAAAGUCCCGAGCCGAGUAUGACCGAACUGCACAGCCGAGUACAUGCGAGGAUCCUGAAGAUCAUGAAUACCGACGACACGGUUCUGCCGUUUGAAAGCUUGCAAUUUCAUCUCGUGCGGAAAGUCGCUCCUACGAAACCCAUGUUCUGCGUCAGUUUCCAGCUACCACACGUUUUACUAUAG